ACCAUGUUCAGUGUUUUAAAUUGAUGCUUAAGGCCUGCUAAAGCAUUUUGUAAAGGUUUGUCAGAGUCUUAUAAACAAAUUGGAGCUUAAUUUGAUCACUUUAUAUUAAAGAAGGUUCAAAAUGGCUUAAAGAAUAAAAACUGAGGGGUCAUUAACACGAUAAUUAAUCUUUAAAAUAUGUGACAUUUAAGAAGACGUGCAUGUUUGCCGACUCGAGAGGUUUCAUGCUCGUGUCUUUAAGUGAUUUUAAAUACGCAGCUUGAGUCAUUUUAAAAGUUUGAAAAUCAAGCAUCUGUGUACGAGCACCAAUCAAAUUCCCAAAAUAAUGUUUCAUACCCUUCAAAUAAAAUAAUAAUAAGGGAAGUUAUUUCCCAUAAGUGUUACUGGUGGGGUGUGUGGGGCUGCCAGGAAAACUCAAGGAAAUCCCAGGAAGAAGUCACUGACCAGGAAAUCAUGACUAGUAUACCAUCCCUAAUGUGAAGCAUGGAGGUGGCAGCAUCAUGAUGUGGGGGGAUGCCUGUGAGGGGCUUGUAAAGGUAGAAGGUAGAAUGAAUGCUGCCAAAUAGAGGGAAGUCCUGGAGGUUUGGAUCUGAUUGUCCUGACUUGGGAGCAGAUUAGACAACAACCUGAAGCAUGUGACACAAACGCUUUAAAGAAAACGAGGAAUGUUAGAAAGCGGCUGAACCCAGACACUCAAUCCAACUGAGAAUUUGUAGUUAGACUUGAAAAGAGCUUUUCUCUUACGAUCCCCAUGCAGCCUGACUAACCCUUUGCUCAGAAGAAGGGGGUGAAAUUGCAGCGUUCAGACGUGCAAGGUUGAUUGAGAGCUGUCCACGUAGGCUCAAUGCUGUAAUUGUGGCCAAAGGUGCAUCUGCUAAAUAUUGACUUAAAGGGGGCGAAUACUUAUGCAUUUCUAAUUUUAACAAACUGACAGUACGUCGUAGGAAUCUGUUUUCACUUUGACGUGAAAUAGUCUUUGUUUGUAAAUUCUUUCCAAAAAGCGAAAUUAUUUUGAGCAUGAUUUAGUGUUGAAAAGUAAUAAAAGAAGCUUCCAAGGGGAGUGAAUACUUUUAACAGGCACCGAUGCUCCCUGAGAAAUUACAGUUUGUCCUGUUUAAAGAUGUAACCUGUCAGCAAACUGACUUUUUUUAUCCCCACACUUUGGAUGAAGCUUGUUUCUACCUGCUUCCAGUAUUUAUGAUAAGCUAAGCUAACUGGCUGUUUCAUAAAUAAUGAACAAAUUUGAUCAUUUUUAUUGAUCUUCUCAUCUGACGCUCAGCCAAAAUACAAAUAGGCAUACUUUCCUCACUUUUAAACUAGUGCUUCAAGGCUUUUAUGCUCUUUUAAAGUGUCAACAAAUGGCAAAAAAAAAGGUCAAAUUCACUUUCUUGUUUCAAUAUUAGCAAACUGGACUUGCAUGCAUUGGCUGGAAUUCCCCUGCCACUGUCACACUCCAGAGAGGCCGACGAUGAACAGGUGUCAAGAGGAGCAGAUUGUAAAUGUUGUCUGGCAUAAAGGUCCUGAAAUCAGAUCUGGAUUGUGCUUUAAAUGGAUUCUGGUUCACACUGAUUUUCUACAGUUUUUUUUCUCAACACGUUCAGGUUUCUGUUAGAUGCCGCCGACGUGGAAUUGUCCUCAAUUACCGGGUUAAAGUGUACUUUGAAUCCCUGCAGAUAAUCUUUGGCUUCAGUUGACAUUAUAAAACUGAUAAGUCGCGCUCCACCAGAGAUUUCCUUCACUGACUUUGACUCGAGUGGCUCGAGCUGCCAAACCUCAGUCAUUAAAGUAACAAAUUAGUGAAUUAGUCAGCGGGUGGCUCCUCCCCAACCCAAUUAAAACCUUUAAUACAAGCGGCGAGGGACGCCACAGCCACCCUGACGCAGAGCAGAAUCUGCCUUGAGCUCCAUCUGGAAGCAACAUGAGGACUCUUCAGCAAAAAGUCAUCGUUCUUUCUGUUUUACUGUCUCUGAUAUGCAUCACUCAGGUCGAUGCAGCGCCGGUUUCUGACGACUGGAAGGGUUUGAUCCAGCGGACCAAAAGGUCCCUGCUGUGGCGCUGGAACAGCAUAAAGCCGGUCGGUGCCAGCUGCAGGGAGCAUUUAGAGUGUGGCACAAAAUACUGCAGAAAAAACAUGUGUUGGUUCUGGAGCUCCUCGUCCUGAAGAAGAGACGCACCAACACGACUCUAAUGUCAGCGCGGCCGUCUGCAAAAACAAACAUCUGCUUUAUGGACCAAAACCUGCUUGUCUCCAAAUAAACCCUGUGUGAAAACGGCUGCGACUGACUUAAGCUGGAAGUUUAUCAGACCCUCUGCAUUGUGUCGAACUAAUCUAAUCUGGCAAAUGCACUGCAGCAAAACAAAGCUGUAAAAGCUGGCCGCACAUCCUGGGUGGUGUUGAUUUGUUUAAAGCGACAUCAGACAGGCUGUAUAAUCUGAAUGUGUUUUUAUUCAUAAGAAAAUAUAAAUAUUCAUGCAAA